GCUCUCGCCUCGCCGCCUCGUCCUCCGCCUCCUUCCCCGCCCGGGGACCCUCUCCCCUCCCUCCCUCGCCCCCUCCUCUCGCCGCCUCCUCGCCUCUCCCCUCCCUCCUCCUCCUUCCUUGACCGGCCGGCGGGGCCAGAGAGAGAGAGGGAGAGAGAGAGAGGGAGAGAGAGGUGGCUGCGAGGAGGCGUAACGGAAAGCCGCGGCUUCGGGGAAGGCUGCGGGCUCGGAGCCGGGGACGCCGAGCCGGGAAAGGGUAAACUGGGAAGCAGACUCUUGCGUUCACAGCUGGCCUGUGGUUUUUGCAUCUCAUCAAGGAGCUCCCCCUCGUACAGGUAGAGACGGGCCCACAGGAGGACCUAAAAGCUGAGGUCACACUGCUUCCCUUAUUUUGAUUGUCAACAAGAGGUACUUCCCGGUGGCAUUUUUCUGAAGUUGUUCAUUGAGACUUCCCAGCAUUCCUGCAGAUAUAAUAGACCCAGCCUGCGUGGGAAGCAAGACGACACGGGCCGGGCAGGAGAGGCAGCACUCUGUUCCCUGGCUCUGGAGAGGAGGUGCAGGGAUUAAAGCAACUUGGUUUCCAUCAAGGUGAGGCUGCGGCCCGCGGAGCUGCGACAUGGCAGCAUGACAGCCCCGGACGGCGCUGCCCGACGACGACGACGACGCCGCCGCCGCCGGGACGAGGGAGCCCCCGCACAGCGGCCACUGCCGGCCCGGGCCGCCUGAGCCUCCUUCCCGCGCCCUCCCCACCGCCCGCCGGGCUCGCCUGUACUGUUAACCCCGUGGACUCCCGACUCCUUCCGCCUUGAACAUCAAUAUGUGUCAUGUCAUUGUCACCUGUCGCUCGAUGCUCUGGACCCUCCUGAGUAUUGUGGUGGCGUUUGCCGAGCUCAUUGCCUUCAUGAGCGCAGACUGGCUGAUUGGGAAAGCCAAGCCCCGCGGCAGCGCCGAGCCUGGCGGCGAGCCGGGCGGCAGCUCCCCGGAGCCCUACCACCCCACGCUGGGCAUCUACGCCCGCUGCAUCCGCAACCCGGGCGUGCAGCACUUCCAGCGCGAGACGCUGUGCGGGCCCUACGCCGAGAGCUUCGGCGAGAUUGCCAGCGGCUUCUGGCAGGCCACCGCUAUUUUCUUAGCCGUGGGCAUCUUCAUCCUCUGCAUGGUGGCCCUGGUGUCCGUCUUCACCAUGUGUGUGCAGAGCAUCAUGAAGAAAAGUAUUUUCAACGUCUGCGGGCUGCUACAAGGAAUUGCAGGCCUCUUCCUUAUCCUGGGUUUGAUACUCUACCCCGCUGGCUGGGGCUGCCAGAAGGCCAUAGGCUACUGCGGACACUAUGCGUCAGCCUACAAACCGGGCGACUGCUCGCUGGGCUGGGCCUUCUAUACCGCCAUCGGGGGCACAGUCCUCACCUUCAUCUGCGCCGUCUUCUCCGCACAAGCAGAAAUUGCCACCUCUAGUGACAAAGUACAGGAAGAAAUCGAAGAGGGGAAAAACCUUAUCUGCCUCCUUUAGUUUGGAAGAGACAUUAAUGCCAUUUUCUUGCUCGUGUAACCUUGUGAAACACUUUCCUUCUGGUUCCGUCGUUUGAGUCAAGUGAAGACCUAGCCUCUAGCUGCCAAAGCCACGUUCCACAGCCCCGAGCCGCACCAGGACCGACGACCCGCAGCAUCCGGCUGCGCAGGUGACUGCACGUGAGGGCCGCGGCGCGUGUCGCAGGAGAUGCGACACGGAAACAUGCGCAGACCCUGACGAGCCGUCGAGUUCUGUCAGACUCCGCCCCCCACGGCCCCGUGAAGGAAGAUGACGUUCACCAUGAGAGCGCAGUUUCCCUGGGAACAGGAGAGCCCCCCGGCCAGACCCGCAGGCUGCUCGGAGACGGGUUUCCGCACAGGCUGCGUGCCUCUGAGCACCUCUGCCUCCCAGGGAGGUGCUGGAGUUGGUGUUUUUGUUUCCUCCUAGUGCUUUCACACUGUCUCAGCUGGAGACUGCAGUGAAGCCCGCACGCUUCCCGGGGAGAGGGUGUGUGCGAAAGGGCAUAGCAGGACCCUGCCUCUUGCUUAGUCGCUGACCUGAGGCGGCAGCAGGGACAGUGUGGCAUCCUGAGUGGGACGUACUCCAGGCUGAAUGCCAGAGUCAGGCGGAGGACCUCAACUGUCACUCCAAGGGCUUAGACAUGUGAGUAAAGAAAGAAUAAGGACCUGUCCGAUCAGGAGGCUAGAAGUACAAGAUCCUGCUAGUGGAGACAAAUUCAGUCCACCUCCCAGCAGCCAGGCCAGCCCCAGUACUGGCCCAGGCACCUCUUCCACCGGAGAUCACAUGUUGUUCUUCUGGGGCUAGGACUGCGCUUUGACGGCCAAAGGAAACCUCCCUCUGUUUCCUCAUUCCAGGGACAGAGGUUUCCAAGCCAGCUGUGGCUCAUUCAGAUGGGACGAGGAGAGCUUGCCAGAAUCUGGCACUUGCGGAGAGACCUUUUCCCACUGUGUGGUGACCGCGCUGCAGUCGGCUGUGUUCCCACCCCCGGCAGCAGGAUGGCGUGCUGUGCAGAGAAAAAGGAGCUAGUCAUGGGAGUUAGGUUUUUCUAGUUACUGGUGUUGGUCCUGAAGGCAGACUGGAAUAACAUUAAAUUGCUCUGACUGGUGAGUUACAUCAAAGGCUUCAUCCUCAGGAAAGCACAGAGUAGAAAGUUAAUGCAAAAACAAGAGCUAGGGGCUUCCUAGGUGGCGCAGUGGUUAAGAAUCUGCCUGCCAAUGCAGAGGACACGGGUUCGAUCCCUGCUCCAGGAAGAUCCCACAUGCCGCAGAGCAACUAAGCCUGUGUGCCAAAAAAAAAAAAAAAAAAAAAACAA